AUUACAACAGUUUUAGAUCGUAGAAACGUCAGAACGGUGUGUUUUAAAGAAAUUGUUCUGUUGUUUGAAUUAAUAAUAAAAUAAAACGAAUUUUUCUGUGAGCUGCCGAACUGCUCGCCAUUAGGCAUCGUCGCGAUGCCCGGGAGCAGCCAGGCCGGCUCGUACCGCUCCCUGACAGGUUCGAGCGACGUGUAUCGCUCCACCACUGUGUCGGGGGCGGCGUACCAGCACCCGUCACCCGCCCGCGGACUGCUCGACGGGGUCAAGAAAGCUUUUAGUUUUGUCGCGGGAUCGGCCGCCCCCACGAACAAGGACGACUGGCUGAUUGAGCGGGCCGCUUCCCGCGAGCCCAUCGUCAUUGCUUCCAGGACUGAUAGCGCAAACACAAACACAAAUAGAGAAAAAAUGCCUUCUUCUGGGGUUGCUGAAGAGGCAGCCCUUUUGGGCACAAUGCCUUCUGAUAGCAUGGACGACAUUGAAUUAAAAAAUAUCCAGCUACAAUUCCCAUCUGCCCGGUCUCUGUCUAGAGAUGACUCGUCUGCACAAGAGGAGGUUGUAGAAACUGAUCGUGGAAAUUUGGUCGUCGCUGUUCAAGGAUCAAGGAACAAACCCGCGAUAAUCACUUACCAUGAUUUGGGUUUAAACUAUAUAUCCAGUUUUCAAGGAUUCUUCAAUUACAUUGAUAUGAGGGCUUUGUUAGAGAAUUUCUGCGUCUAUCAUGUUAAUGCUCCAGGUCAAGAAGAAGGCGCCCAAACUCUUCCAGAAGAUUAUAUCUAUCCAACAAUGGAAGAACUGGCGAAUCAGCUCAGCUACGUGCUGACGCACUUCGGCCUAAAAUCAUUCAUCGGUUUCGGCGUAGGGGCGGGCGCCAACAUCCUGGCCCGCUUCGCCCUGAACCAUCCCGAGCACGUGUCGGCACUGUGUCUCGUCAACUGUGUAAGCACCCAGGCUGGUUGGAUCGAAUGGGGGUACCAAAAAUUAAACGCUAGGCAUCUAAGAUCGAAAGGCAUGACGCAGGGAGUGCUUGACUAUCUCAUGUGGCAUCACUUUGGAAGGAACACCGAAGAAAGAAACCAUGACCUAGUUCAAGUGUACAAAAGCUAUUUCGAACGAAACGUAAAUCCUACAAACCUGGCGUUGUUCAUUGACAGUUACGUUAGAAGGACCGACUUAAAUAUCCACAGGGAAAUGGAUCCCAACAAAAAGAAGGACUGUACUCUCAGUAUGCCAGUUAUUAAUAUCACGGGAUCUCUAAGUCCACAUGCCGACGAUACCGUAACAUUCAACGGUCGUCUGGACCCAACGAACUCUUCGUGGAUGAAGAUUUCAGAUUGCGGCAUGGUAUUAGAAGAGCAACCAGGCAAAGUUAGCGAAGCAUUCAGAUUAUUCUUACAAGGAGAGGGAUAUGCCGUGCAAGUACGACGACGGGCCAGUAGCCACGUGUCAGUUGAAGUGGCUCCGUUGUCACCCACUAAAAUGGCAUUGUUCCGUAAAACUUCCUUCGAAGAACUGCUCAAGUCUAAAUUCCCGGGCGGAGGCCAGUGGCCAACUAAUGUCAUACAUAUAACUGAAAAUCCCAUUUCAGCCGUUGUUUGUUAAGCUGCUCUGUGUAGCUGUAUUGAAAUUUAUAGGGGAGUUAAGGCGGCGCUUAAAUUUACAUAUAUGUUGCGAUUAACUGUCGGUGUUUAGAUAGAAGGAAAAUAUAUCAAAAACCUUAAACUGAAAUCUUUAGAUUAUCCACAACAAUGUAUCUGAUACUACUCUCGAUAAGAAAAAAAGCAAUACACUGGGAAUUAAUCUAAUCAUUUCUCGAGUGAAAAGGCCAUAUAAAACAUUAUUUUUAAGAAUAAAAAAAACAUAUUUUAAAUAAGUAUAUUUAAAAACUGAUGACUCAUGAAUUUAAAUUGAUAUUGGGUGAUAUGGACGAUGAUGUGAUAAAUUUCAAUACAGAAAUUUGUUGGCCACUGCCCUUCUUUAAGCACAUAUCUUUAGUUUUUAGGCAUAUUUAAAUAAAUAUGAAAUAUGCAAAUUUUUAAUUAUCACAGCAGUUGAUACAGCCUAGUAAAUUGUUAACUAUAGGAGAGCUUAAGUAGUUAAUGAACCUGAGUAUGUUUCAGUAUAUUUUAUUUUAGAUGAUUUAUAGGCUGUAGGUGAGCUUUACUCGUUCAUAUGAAGCCUAAAUAAACGAAAUACGUACUGAUCUUCUUUUGUAACAGGUAUUUUAUGUUUGGCAAAUAAUACUGCGUUGAAUUAUAUAUUUUUUUUAAAGAAAUGUGAUGAAUAAAGCGUACUGUGCCUCACUUUGUUACUUUAUGUUAAGCACUAUCAUUUUAAUAAAAAUGUUCUUAAAUGA